UGCAGAUUGACACAAUGUCGAUAAAUCGAAAAAGACCAGGUAAAAAUCGACAGUAAAUCACGUUUAUAACGAUCGUCCUUCGUUUCCAAUAAUAUCUUUAACAGUUAAUAUGUGUUAUAGACUGUAAGUGAGCAUUUCCUUUGGAUAACCAAUCGAAGAGUGAGACGACGAUCGACGUGUUACGCAAAGGAAGGUGUUACUCGUAGCAGCUGAGUGGAGAGGAAGGAGAUUUGAAUGUCGUGACGUAAACACAUCGUGGAAAUUAUUAAAGUUGCACGCUUCAGAGGAGGGAUAACAGCUGUACAGCAACAUGCCCGAGCUUACUAACUCCAAGAUUCCUCCACCCGAUAGACAUACCGUCGAAGAAUUAAGGAAGCAAGUGUUAGAAGAAAUCGAAAAAUCCCCCGAAUCCUAUUAUGCGGAAGAUAUUAAGAGAUUGAAAGAUGACGACGAAUUUGUCAAGAGAUUCAUCGUCCACCAAGCACUGUUACAUCCUAAUGAGGACAGGCUGAAAAAUGGCAUCGCUAUGGCCAAAAAGGAAUUAAAAUGGAGGAAGGAGCAUUCCAUCAGAGAAAUUAAAAGGGACGAGUUGCCAACCGAGUUCUUCGAUCGCCAAGUUAUCGUCCCUUACAACAGAGACAAAAAUGGAUGCUGCACGGUGUUUCUGAGAGCAAAAAAGGUGAGAAGAACGAGUUCGGCGGAGAAGCAGGACUUGGAACGAUUCGUCACUUACUGGAUAGAAAGCGUAGAAAGCAUCAAUCCCGGAGAGAUGUUCACCAUUAUAAUAGAUUGCACGGGAGCUGGGCUUAGUAACGCUAAUAUGGACUUGUUGACUCUCUUGAUUAACAUGGUGAAAGAGCAUUACUUGGCCAUUGUAGGACAUAUCAUUGUGGCUAAUCUGCCGAGCAUUUUGGUAGCUACAUGGAAGAUAGCCAAGUACUUGUUACCACCCGCAGCUGUCGAGAAGGUGAAGUUUGUAGAUAAUAAAACAAUAGGAGAAUACAUAGAGGAAGAUAGAUUGCCACCCCACUUAGGAGGAACGAAUAACCAAGAAUUUGGAUAUUAUCCAUUUAUCUUCGCCGAAAAUUAUCCGAAAUGCAACGAUACUAGGAUGGUUUAAAAAUUCUUUCCAUAUUUACUUGUAUACGUUUACAAUAACCUUGUUUAUAAAGAGUUAUUCGUAGUUACUCAUUUUAUAUACCGGGAUCUAUAUUAUACCUACAAAACUUUUGUAUAUGAAAAGAUGACUUUAUAUUAAACAUUUUCGAAACGUU